AUGUCUCGCAAUGCUCUCGUUACUGGUGCUGCUCGAGGAAUUGGACGUGCCAUUGCUCUCCGUCUUGCUAGAGAUGGUCUUAAUGUUGCUGUGAACGAUAUCAAAAGAAGUUCUUCAGGUCUCAACAAGGUUCACCAAGAAAUCGAAAAAAUGGGUCGAAAAUCUGUCGCUAUAACUGCUGAUGUUUCUGUUGAUAAAGAGGUCGAAACCAUGAUGCAAAAUGCUGCAAAAGAACUAGGAAGUUUGGAUGUGGUAGUUGCUAAUGCAGGAAUUGCCCAAGUGAAUCCAAUUGUUGAUAUUACUACAGAAGAUUGGGAUAAGAUAUUUGCAGUCAACACACGUGGUGUGUUUCUUUGCUACAAAGAAGCUGCUAAAGUCAUGAUUGCACAAGGUACAGGAGGAAAAAUCAUCGGUGCCUGCAGUAUAGCCGGAUACACAUCAGGUCCAAUGGUGAGCCAUUAUGCUGCCAGUAAAUGGGGUGUGCGUGGUCUGACACAAGCUGCUGCUAUGGAAUGGGCCAAACAUAAGAUUACAGUCAAUGCUUACUGCCCAGGAGUUGUCAAAACUGCCAUGACGGAUAUGGCUGAUGAAGAAUUGACAAAAAUCCAAGGAAAGCAAAAGGGAGACAUGUUCAAAUCUUACGAAAACGAGAAGAUAGCUCUUGGCCGAAUAUGCAAGCCGGAAGAUAUUGCAAGUUUAGUGUCGUAUUUGGCUAGUCAAGACUCUGAUUAUAUGACUGGACAGAGUAUUAUCAUUGAUGGAGGGAUCGUGUUUUCUUGA